UCUCGUGUCAAGUAGCUUUGGUCACUCACCGGGCUCAGACAAAGUCCGUAUACCUCUGACAUGCAUAAAUAUCAAGCAAGAACCUUGCCCACUUGCUUUGCAAGUCGAACGUGACAACCCGGCUUUCUUGCUCAUCUGCUUGACAUCCUGAAAGUCUCUUGUCGCCUGUUGCCACGAUGCUCUCAGCCUUGUCCGCAGCCCUUUUGGGACUCACAUCCAUACCUUGGACGAGCGCCCAACUUGACGAUGACAUGGGACCUGCUGCUUUCCUAUGGCCAUCUGACAGGGCUUACUCAUCAGCCUGGGACAAUACAGCGCCCUGUGGAUCUGCAGCUGGGGUGAGCAAUCGAACCGACUUCCCAAUGUCUAAUGGUGCCGUUGCCAUCGUCCUGCAAGAUGACUCUUACUCAGUCAACUUAGCCAUCUCAUAUAGUAGCGACCCGACAAGCAACUCCAACUUCACCACAUUAGUCCCCGGCACCGACUUCCCUGAGAUCGAACCUGGGCACGAGUGCUACUCAGUGCCUAACCCACCGUCGACAGUCUCAGCUGGUAGCAAUGCCACUCUGCAAUUAUCCUACAUAUCUGCUGGCACCACUGGCGUCAACAAGACGUACUAUGUCUGCGCCGACAUCAAAUACGUCGAAUUGGCCGACUUCACAACAGACAUACCGUGUUUCAACGUGACAGAAGACUCCGCUUACGAGACAUCGGCCGCCGGCGUCGAGACAACAGCAAGUGCGACUAGCACAUCGGCUUCUGCCACGUCAACCUCUGGCUCUUCAACGUCGUCGGACUCUUCCAAUUCGUCGUCGACGCACAAAGGCCUUUCCGGCGGCGCCAUUGCAGGCAUCGUUAUCGGCAGUAUCGCGGGAGCGGCCAUCAUAGGCGCUGUUCUGUGGUUUGCAUACCGUGCACACAUGCGACGGAUCAAGAGGGAGACCGCCGUUCAAUUGAGGAUGAACGAACUGACAAACACACACAAGGUCGGGACAGCUGCAUCUGAGACAUCGGGCGAGCACCACUAGUUCUGCGAUGC